AUGAGCUGCUGUGACUGCUCCGGAGGCUGUGGCUCCUGUGGGGGCUGUGGCUCCAGUGGCUGUGUGCCCGUGUGCUGCUGUGUGCCAGCCUGUGCCUGCCCCAGCUGUGGCUCCUGUGGGGGCUCCAAGGGAGGCUGUGGUUCCUGUGGAGGCUCCAAGGGAGGCUGUGGUUCCUGUGGAGGCUCCAAGGGAGGCUGUGGUUCCUGUGGGGGAUCCAAGGGGGGCUGUGGUUCCUGCUGUGGUUCCUGUGGAGGAUCCAAGGGGGGCUGUGGCUCCUGUGGAGGCUCCAAGGGAGGCUGUGGUUCCAGUGGCUGUGUGCCUGUGUGCUGCUGUGUGCCAGCCUGUCCCUGCUCCAGCUGUGGCUCCUGUGGGGGCUGCCAGUCCAGCUGCUGCAAGCCCUGCUGCUCCCAGUCCAGCUGCUGUGUCCCAGUGUGCUCCCAGUCCAGCUGCUGCAAGCCCUGCUGCUCCCAGUCCAGCUGCUGCAAUCCCUGCUGCUCCCAGUCCAGUUGCUGCAAGCCCUGCUGCUGUGUCCCUGUGUGCUGCCAGUCCAGCUGCUGCAAGCCCUGCUGCUCCCAGUCCAGCUGCUGUGUCCCCGUGUGCUGCCAGACCAGUUGCUGCAAGCCCUGCUGCUCCCAGUCCAGCUGCUGUGUCCCCGUGUGCUGCCAGACCAGUUGUUGCAAGCCCUGCUGCUCCCAGUCCAGCUGCUGUGUCCCCGUGUGCUGCCAGUGCAAGAUCUGA